AAGUGGGGUCUUCAUCCGGAAGUGUGAAACAAGGUGGGUUCUUUUUUAAUAUUUGCCAGAGAAGCUAGCCUUCGGCCUUUUGGCUCCCGAGAUAGUAGACACUCCUGGCAGCAGCAGCAGCAAAAGCAGGAGGAGAAGGAGAAGGUCUUCACUUUCCAACAAACCGCAGAAAAGAACAAAGUAAAGAGUUCCUAAGAACGACAUGAAUGACUUUGCAGUUCUCUGCACGGGCCGCAAGAUGCCCCUCAUGGGUCUGGGGACGUGGAAGAGCGAGCGUGGAAAGGUCAAACAAGCCGUCUUGUGGGCCCUGCAGGCCGGGUACCGCCACAUCGACUGCGCCGCCAUUUACGGCAACGAGGUGGAGAUCGGAGAAGCCCUUCAGGAGACGCUGGACCACAACAACGCUCUGAGGCGAGAGGACGUGUUCGUCACGUCCAAGCUGUGGAACACGCGACAUCACCCUGAGGACGUGGAGCCGGCGCUCCUACAAACCCUGAAGGACCUGCGGCUGGAAUAUUUGGACCUCUACCUGAUCCACUGGCCACACGCCUUCCAACGCGGAGACACACCUUUCCCCAAAAAGGAGGACGGCUCGCUGCUGUACGACCAGGUGGACUACAAGCUGACGUGGGCCGCCAUGGAGAAGCUGGUGGGGAAGGGUCUGGUGCGGGCCAUCGGCCUGUCCAACUUCAACAGCCGGCAGGUGGACGACAUCCUGUCUGUGGCCAGCAUUAAGCCCGCCGUCCUGCAGGUAGAGAGCCACCCCUACCUGGCCCAAGUCAAACUGCAGGCCCACUGCCGGGCCCGGGGCCUGGUGAUGACGGCCUACAGCCCUCUUGGCUCCCCGGACCGUGCCUGGAAACAUGCGGAUGAACCCGUCCUGCUGGAUGAGACCGCCAUUGCAGCGCUGGCCAACAAAUACAAGAAAUCGCCCGCUCAGAUCAUCCUCAGGUGGCAGACGCAGCGUGGCGUGGUGACCAUCCCCAAAAGCGUGACAGAGUCGCGUAUCCAAGAGAAUAUUGAGGUGUUUGACUUCACGCUGGAGGCAGAGGAGAUGAGCGCCAUCACGGCGCUGAAUAAAGACUGGCGCUACAUCGUUCCUAUGGUCCAGGUGGACGGGAAGCAAGUUCCUCGGGAUGCGGGACAUCCUCAUUACCCGUUUAACGACCCUUACUGAGGGAUUUGUGCCUUCACGCAGCCGCGUGGCCCCCAAAACUGCCCCUGCCAAAAAAACACACCGUCCUUGUCUCAUGGUUGGUUGUGGUGAAGAACAAUCUUUUUUUGAUGAAUGAACAGGUGGUCACUUCCUGUUUACGUCUUACUUAAAGGGGAACUGCACUUUUUUUUUUUUUUUUUUUAGGAAUUUUGCCUUUCGGUCACAAUCCUUAUGAGAGACAAGAACACGUGUUUUUUUUAAAUGCAUUCUAAUUUGUUAUUAUAGGUGAGAACAUCUGCACCUUAACA